CGCUGACGCAUUUGUCCGGCAUAGCUCCGUCAAGAAGCCGCCCACUUUCAAACUUCCAAUCCGGCCAUCUUCCUCUCACAAGCCCGGCCAUGCCCAAUUGAACUUGCAUCAUGGGCCAGAGGCGUGCACAAUCCGCGGCCAUUGCUCUCCUGAGCUUGGCCGCGCCCUCCGCGACCGGCCAUGUCGCUGCCCGCCGCCUCAAUUGCGUCGCAUGGCGCCGCAGUCUCACCACCACGAUAGCCACAGCGGCCCCUCUCGCGACGGCUCGACUACGGCGUCCCUCUCUGCGUCUCGCCUGCGACCGCGGCCGGGACGCCCACGGACGGCGCGCAUACGCUUCGGCCUCCGCCCACGCCGACAUUGCCGUCCUCGGCGGCGGCUUGACCGGCCUCACGGCGGCCUACUACCUCGCCAAGAAGCUCCCGCCGACGGCCAACAUCACCCUCUACGAGGCAAGCGACCGGCUGGGCGGAUGGGUCCGCAGCGACCGGGUUCCCGUCGACGUCGGUGGCAAGAAGGGAACGGUUUUGUUCGAGCGCGGCUCGCGGUCGAUGACUUCGCUCCAUGGCAACACAUGGCGGUACGAUGAUCUCGUGCUCUUUGACUUGGCCCUCGAUCUCGGCCUCGUCCCAGUCUCGCCCCCGAACUUGCCGCGCUACAUCUACUACCCGGACCACCUGGUGCCGCUCCCGCCGGCAAUCCCCUUCAUGGACAUCUUCCGCGAACCGCUCUACCUCGAGAACAUCCCCGCCGCCCUCAUGCUCCUGUGGAAGUCCACCGUGGGCUCCAAGGGCGUUCCCAAAGACGACCCGUCCAUCGCCGAGUGGAUGUACCAGAUCAGCAACAGCCGAAAGGCCGCCGCGACCAUGGCGUCGGCCAUGAUCCACGGCAUCUACGGCGGCGACAUCGACAAGCUCAGCGCCAAGACGGUCUUUGAUCGCGUCUACUGGGGAUGGUAUCUACCGAACCUCGGCUCUCGGCAGCGUCCCAUGCCCAUGUCUGAGAAGGACCUCAUCGAGACUCUCGGGAAGGACAAGCAGAUCCAGAAGCUGGCCUGCCAGCCCAAGGCCGCCUUGAUCGACUUCGGCGCCGACGGCAUGGAGUCGUUGCCCAAGGCCCUGGAGGCCGCGCUCAGGGAACAGCCCAAUGUAACUAUCAAGCUGAACACACCCAUCACGUCGAUCAAGCAUGACACGAUCAAACAUGACACGAACAAGGACAAGAUCAUGAUUAAAAGUGCCAAGGAUGCAAAGCCCAACAUGUACGACAAGGUCAUCUCGACCCUCACCGCCCAGGCCCUCGCCGGGGCUACUCACGGCCAUCUUCCCACCCUCGCCGAGUCCCAUUCGGUCGACGUCAUGACGGUCAACCUCUGGUUCCCGCAGGAGGACAUCAAGCCGCCCGGCACCGGCUACCUCAUCCCGCGGACCGUCCCGCCCGAGGCCAACCCGGAGCACGCCCUCGGCGUCUUCUUCGACUCGGACAUCCAGACACGCGGGCCUGACGAGCCCGCCGGCACCAAGCUCUUCGUCCUCAUGGGCGGCCACUACUACGACCAACCCGGCGUCUCGACGCCCUCCGAGGCCGAGGCCAUUCUCCAGGCCCGCGCCGUGCUGGAGCGUCACCUCGGCAUCCCCCUUGACGCCCCCUGCCACGCCGUCAGCCGCCUCGCCAAGCAGUGCAUCCCGCAACACUACGUUGGCCACCAGGGCCGCAUGCGCGCCGCUCACGCCGAGCUGCGCAAGGCUUACAAGGGACGUCUCGCCGUCGCCGGCGGCUCGUACACCCGCAUCGGCGCCGUCGCUGCUCUGCGCGCUGGGUACGACGCUGCGACGAGUGUGGUUGGCGAGGACUGGCUCACCACGACAGGUCUCGAGGUGUUUGAUUCGGACACGAAUAACUUUGUUGUCAUGAACCUCGAUGACAUUCCUGUGCGGAAUCUCUAGACAUGGACUGGUUUAUGCCCCUAAGGAGUCUUAGAUGCAGGCGGGCAGGAUCCCCCCCCCCCCCCCCCCCCC